AGAGAGCAUCCCCCAAAAUAUGACAUCCAUCUAGAUUGCGGCGGAGCUGCCUGGGAGCGACAGGGACCCAGAGGGAGGACAGAGGAGUGAAAGCUGGAGCCCGACCACAAGCAGCCAUCGCUCCGGUCCCUCCAGCUUCUGGACGGACUUUUUGUUCCUUUCUUUCUGCCCUUCUCCGAAAUGUUGGCUGUCUGAGAGGAAAGCCCAGCCUCACCAGUUGAUGAGAGCCCGUCCGAGCCGCUGAAGGCUCCUCUUCCCAGAGAUCCGCAGCGCGCCGCAGCUGGUCGGGCUGCGCAGCCCAGCAUCAGCCGCCGUCUCCCCGCUCCGAGCCGCCGCCUGCCCCGCCGCCCCGCCGCCCGACAUGUGCGACCUGAUGCCGGCCGCCCAGCCCGCACAGAAGAUCGGCAAGAUGAAAAAGUUGAGGCGAACUUUGUCGGAGAGUUUCCGGAGCAUCGCUUUCAAGAAGGAAGACAGCGGCUUUGAUGAGAUAUGUGUCACAAAGAUGUCCACACGCGGCUGCCAGGGAACAGACUCGGUCAUCAAGCCCCUGGACACCAUCCCUGAGGACAAGAAGGUCAGAGUUCAGCGCACGCAGAGCGGCUUCGACCCAUUCGAGAAGCCUGCCAGCCAGGUGAAGAGGGUCCAUUCGGAGAAUAAUGCCUGCAUCAACGCUAAGAGUUCAUCUACUGGCAAAGAGUCGCCCAAACUGCGCCGGCAUUCCAGCCCAAGUUCUCCCACAAGCCCCAAAUUUGGAAAGGCAGACUCGUACGAAAAGCUGGAGAAGCUGGGAGAGGGCUCAUAUGCAACAGUUUACAAGGGAAAGAGCAAGGUGAACGGCAAGCUGGUGGCUCUGAAAGUGAUCCGUCUGCAGGAGGAGGAAGGCACGCCCUUCACAGCCAUAAGGGAAGCGUCUCUUCUGAAAGGCUUGAAGCAUGCCAAUAUUGUGCUCCUCCAUGACAUCAUUCACACCAAGGAAACCCUGACUCUGGUCUUUGAGUAUGUGCACACAGACCUGUGUCAGUACAUGGACAAACACCCAGGUGGUCUCCACCCGGACAACGUGAAGCUCUUCCUGUUCCAGUUGUUGAGAGGCCUGUCUUACAUUCACCAGAGUUACAUCCUUCACCGUGACCUGAAACCACAAAACCUGCUCAUCAGCGACACAGGAGAGCUGAAACUGGCUGACUUUGGCCUUGCCAGAGCCAAGUCCGUCCCCAGCCACACAUACUCCAACGAGGUGGUGACCCUGUGGUACCGGCCUCCAGAUGUCCUGCUGGGAUCCACUGACUACUCCACCUGCCUGGACAUGUGGGGAGUGGGGUGCAUUUUUAUUGAGAUGAUCCAAGGAGUGGCUGCCUUUCCUGGAAUGAAGGACAUUCAGGACCAGCUGGAGAGGAUAUUCCUGGUUCUUGGAACUCCAUCUGAGGAAACGUGGCCUGGCGUCAACUCCUUGCCUCACUUCAAACCAGAACGCUUCACAGUGUACAGCGCCAAGAAGCUCAGACAAGCCUGGAAUAAGUUGGGCUAUGUGGACCAUGCUGAGGAGUUGGCCUCCAGGUUCCUCCAGUGCUUCCCAAAGAACCGGCUUUCAGCGCAGGCAGCCCUGAACCAUGAAUACUUCAGCAACCUUCCUCCACGGCUCUGGGAGCUGCAGGACAUGUCUUCUAUCUUCACUGUACCAAACGUCAAGCUGCAGACAGAGAGUGGGGACAGCAUACAGGUGUGUUCACGGAAGAACAGCCACGGAAAGGCAUCAUCUGGCAGCAAGCACUGACCUGAGGCAGCGUCCUGCGUAUGACUGCCUGACAGG